GUUACUCACACAGUCACGUUAUUUUCUUCAUAGUUAAUAUAAUUUCUACAAAUGAUCUGAUUUUAUUGAAGGCUAGAUAUAAAUGUUUCCAACGAACUAACUGCUCCAAACAUUCUAAUUAAGAUUUUAUAUUUUAAGUCUAAGUCUGAUAGUUUGUUGAAAGAAAUUUCUUUCAACUUUUUAACAGCUACAUGUUUUCAUUUUAGAUCUACAUGUAUAUCUGAUAGAAGAAAUUUCUUCCAACUUACUAACUGCCACAAGUAUUUCAGUUUAGGUCUAUGUCUGAUAGAAGAAGUUUCUUCCAACGGACUAACUGCUUCAAAUAUUUCAUUGAAGGUUUGUUAGAAGAAAUUUCGUCCGAUUUACUAACUGACACUAAUAUCACCUCUUAGAUCAGGCUUGAUAAAGAAAUUCCUUCCAACCAACUAACAGCUACAUGUGUUUCAUUUUAGAUCUAAAUGUAAGUUUGAUAGAAGAACUAACAGCUCGGAUUAAAUAUUUCAUUUUUGGUUUAAAUCUGAUAGAAGAAAUUUCUUACAACGAACGAUCAGCUCGAAGUAAUUCAUACUACGUUUGAUAAAAGAACAUUUCUAUCAACGAACUAACUGCUAUAAGUAUUAUACUUUAAGCAUACGUCUGAUAAAAGAAAUUUCAUCCAAUGAACUUACUGCUCCUAUGAUUUUAUUUUGUACCGAAUAAAAGAAAUUUCUUCCAAUAAACUGACCUCUCUAUGUACUUCUUCUAAGGUCUGAAAGAAGAAAUUUCUGUCUAGGUAUUUUCUCAUACUUUUACAGAAGUUUCUGAUUUUGUUCUGAACGUGUAGAAAGACAUGCUCAUUUGAUUUUUGUAACAGCUGUCAUUACUUAAAUCGAAUUAUAUCAUCAUGCGUUCAUGUAUCAUUUAAUUCAUCAUAACAAUAUUGUAUUUCAACGCUCUAACAUUCUGAGUGUCUCUGAGAACAGGUAAUGCAAUUAUAUAUUCUUUUGAACAUUUUUUUGUUUUUAAAAUUAGAAAAUGUAAAGUGUACAUAUCCUUCGAACACACCGAUCAUUCGUAUUCUGUCUGUGCAACGGUGGAAUGCCUUUUUAAAAGAAUUAUUUGCUUGUCAAACAGGUUUAUGUCUUAUUCAAGUUUAAAGUUGUGUGACCCGAAAAUACCCUUCCCCAAAAUAGGACCACAAAAAAUCCAUACUUGUAUCUAAUUAUGUUCAGCUACAUUUCUUUUUUUUAUACUGUUUGAUGCCAAAAUGUCAGGUAAAUUCAUGUGAUUUCAAGAUAAAUUGCCAUGCAUAUUAUUAUGUUACUCACAAAGUCACGUUAUUUUCUUCAUAGUUAAUAUAAUUUCUACAAAUGAUCUGAUUUAAUUGAAGGCUAGAUAGAAAUGUUUCCAACGAACUAACUGCUCCAAACAUUCUAAUUAAGAUUUUAUAUUUUAAGUCUAAGUCUGAUAGUUUGUUGGAAGGAGUUUCUUUUAACUUUGUAACAGCUACAUGUUUUUCAUUUUAGAUCUACAUGUAGAUCUGAUAGAAAAAAUGUUUUCCAACUUACUAACUGCCACAAGUAUUUCAGUUUAGGUCUAUGUCUGAUAGAAGAAUUUUCUUCCAAUUGACUGACUGCUUCAAAGAUUUCAUUGAAGGUUCGUUAGAAAAGAUUUCGUCCGACUUACUUACUGCCACAACUAUUACAUUUUAUGUCAGUCUUGAUGAAGAAAUUACUUGCAACCAACUAACAGCUACAUGUGUUUCAUUUUAGAUCUAAAUGUAUGUUUGAUAGAAGAACUAGCGGCUCGGAUUAAAUAUUUCAUUUUAGGUUUAAAUCUGAUAGAAGAAAUUUCUUUGAACGAACGAUCAGCUCGAAGUAAUUUAUAUUACGUUUGAUAAAAGAAAAUUUCUAUCAACGGUCUAACUGUUAUAAGUAUUAUAUUUUAGGCAUACGUCUGAUAAAAGAAAUUUCUUUCAAUGAACUUACUGCUCCUUUGAUUUUAUUUUGUAUCGAAUAAAGAAAUUUUUUCCAAUAAACUGACCUCUCUAUGUACUUCUUCUAAGGUCUGAAAGAAGAAAUUUCUGUCAUGGAAUAUUCUUAUAGUUUUACACAAGUUUCUGAUUGUUUUUUUGAACGUGUAGAAAGACAUGCUCUUUUCAUUUUUAUAACAGCUGUCAUUACUUAAAUCGAAUAAUCAUCAUGCGUUCAUGUAUCAUAUACUUCAUCAUGAAAAUAUUGUAUUUCAACGCUCUAACAUUCUGAGUGUCUCUGAGAACAGGUAAUGCAAUUAUAUAUUCUUUUGAACAUUUUUUGUUGUUUUUAGAAUUAGAAAAUUUAAAGUAGACAUAUCCUUCGAACGCACCGAUCAUUCGUAUUCUGUCUGUGCAACAGUGGGAUGCUUUUUUAACAAAAAUUAUUUGCUUGUCAAGUAGGUUUAUUUUUUAUUAAAGUUUAAAGUUGUGUGACCCGAAAAACAUGAAAAAACCCUUCCUCAAAAUAGGACAACAAAAUAUCCAUACUAGUACCUAAUUAUGUUCAGCUUCACUUCUUUUUUUAUACUGUUUGAUGCCAAAAUGUCAGGUAAAUUCAUGUGAUUUCAAGAUAAAUUGCCAUGCAUAUUAUUAUGUUACUCACAGUGACGUUAUGUUCUUCAUAAUUAAUAUAAUUUCUACAAAUGAUCUGAUUUUAUUGAAGGCUAGAUAGAAAUGUUUCCAACGAACUAACUGCUCCAAACAUUCUAAUGAAGAUUUUGUAUUUUAAGUCUAAGUCUGAUAGUUUAUUGGAAGGAGUUUCUUUCAACUUUGUAACAGCUACAUGUUUUUCAUUUUAGAUCUACGUGUAGAUCUGAUAGAAGAAAUUUCUUCCAACUUACUUACUGCCACAAGUAUUUCAGUUUAAGUCUAUGUCUGAUAGAAGAGUUUUCUUCCAACGUACUAACUGCUUCAAAUAUUUUAUUGAAGGUUUGUUAGAAGAAAUUUCGUCCGACUUACUAACUGCCACAAAUAUUAUACAUUUAUUUCCCAUGCCUGAGGGAGAUAUGAAGAUUUGUUCACCCAAGAAUAUUCAUAUUUGACGAGGGCUCUGCCUGAGGGAAAUAUGAUUUUUCGAGGGUGAACAAAUCUUCAUAUCAAAGGGAAAUGAAUGUUUUAUUCCACUGCCUAUGCUUUGUUUACUAUCAAUACAUUGAUUAUUAUUUUGCAUAAUUUUUUUUCUUAUCCGCUUGUUUUUAUAGGUUAAACUUAACAUGACAUACACAUUGAUAAACAGUACGGAUCAAAAGUUCAUUAUUAGUCUUUUUGUUUUAUCGUCUGAAAUACAUUUGAACAUGAUAAUGAUUUUUGCUAUCACUAUUUUAUGAAGAAUAAGAAGUUCAAAACUUUAUGUACAUUAACCGCGCGUAACGUCGCACGAUGUAAUCCCGACAUUUCAGAGCGGAAUAUGAAGAUUUGUUCAAUGACACGUGGGAUAGUCUCAACCAAUCAAAUAUUGAUUAAACUAUCAAUAUGUAUAAACAGUGGAAUAAUACAUUUUAGGUCAGGCUUUAUAAAGAAAUUUCUUCCAACCAACUAACAGCUACAUGUGUUUCAUUUAAGAUCUAAAUGUAGGUUUGACAGAAGAACUAACGUCUCGGAUUAAAUAUUUCAUUUUAGGUUUAAAUCUGAUAGAAGAAAUUUCUUUCAACAAACGAUCAGCUCGAAGUAAUUCAUAUUACGUUUGAUAAAAGAAAAUUUCUAUCAACGAACUAACUGCCAUAAGUAUCAUAUUGUAGGCAUACGUCUGAUAAAAGAAAUUUCUUCCAAGUUUCUGAUUUUGUUGUUUCUUACAGAGAAGAAAUUUCUUCUAACCAAAAAUUAGAAAACAGUUGAUGCAUUUGGUAAUUUUAAAAUGAACUUUGCAUAUUUCAGUCCGCAAAGAGGACAUUUCUAGAUUUUCCUCUUUUAUUUUGGACUACCUUGUUAAUUAGAGACACCCUCGAAGAAUCCGAAACAGAUAUAAAAGGCGCCAAAGUUGUCUUUGGAGUUCAACCGAAUCGCCUUUUCAACAGAAGACAACCAUGAAGAAUCUUAGUGGUUUGUGUCUACUGAUUUUGGCUUUCACAGUAUCCGAAGUAUAUGGACACUGUCAGACAUGUUCGAGGAAAGUGCGUCAUAAAGUAGGACGGUUUUAUACCUAUACCACCAAAAAAUACCUUUGUCGUUGUUCAGUGGAUGGUGGAUGGAGUGAUUUUGGAGAUGUAAGGUGGUUCGGUGGAUGCAGUGUAACUUGUGGAGCUGGAAUGGAAAACGGGUUAAAUACAAGAAAAUGCAACAAUCCUACCCCACAGCAUGGCGGCAAACAGUGCGUUGGGUCUUCGAACAGAAAAGAAAGUAGACCAUGUAGACUUAAGGAAUGUCCAACUGAUGGUGGUUGGUCAGACUAUGGAGAUUUUAAUGAAUGGUCAGCUUGCAGUGUUAACUGUGGGAAGGGUACAAAAUCACACGAAAGAACAAGAUCCUGCACGAAGCCAGAACCCCAGUUUGGAGGGAAAGAUUGCGAAGGAAGUGAAGUAGAUAUUCAAACGGAGUCAUGUCAAAUGUUGGAUUGUCCAGAAUUUGAGUGCACAAGUGAUGGUCUUUUUGCCUACCCAAAUGACUGUACCAAGUAUAUUCAGUGUGGUAACAAAGUCAAGUAUGUAAUGCCAUGUGCACCAGGAACUCAUUGGGAACAAACAAAAGGCUACUGUGACCAUGGUGACGACUGUAACUAGUGAGAAUUGAACUGCUGACGUAAGGCUUUGAAAAAAGCUUUCAUUGAAGAUUUUUCCUCUAACACUGUUAUAAUCAGAACAUUUCCAUUUCUGUGACAUCAUUGUCGCACAAGCUGACGUAACUGAAAACCUCAUUCAAUGUGUAUCAGA